GCCUCCAAACUUCCACCCUCCCCUCAAGUUGGAAACCACAUCCAAACCCACCGUGGAGCAUCUCCACCUUCAGCCUCAAGGCGCACAGAUCUGCUCUCCACAUAUCUCACCUGAGGAUUCGCUCCAGGCAGGUAGAGGAGAACCUCUGAGUUCCUCUCAGACUGAAGGUUUCUGGGUGUUGUUGUGGUCGUCGGUGCAGCCAGCAGUGUCCGCCAGCUGCGCAGGCAUGCAGGUGAUUGCGCUGCUGGCGCUCCUCACGCUCCCAGCUUGCAGCGCCGCUUCGGGGGCUGACGCCUGCCCGGCCGUCUGCGAAUGCUCUGAGUGGAGGAGCCUCACCAUCUCCUGCUUCGACAUCGAUGCUCUCCCGAGGUUUCCAGCGAGCACCGAGACGCUGUGGCUGUUUGAGACCCGGUUGUCGUCCAUUCCUGCAAAUGCAUUUUCCAGCAUGGUCAACAUCUCAAGGAUAUAUCUAUCAGUGGACGUGAUGCUGCAGAGGCUGGACAAGCACGCCUUUUACAACCUGAGGAAAAUCACCCACAUAGAGAUUCGGAACACAAAAAAUCUGAAGUUUCUAGACCCAGAAGCUUUUAAAACUCUCCCAAAUCUCAAGUACUUAGGGAUUUUUAACACAGGCUUAACACUGUUUCCUGUCCUGAGCAACAUCCACUCAAACGACAUGAACUUUAUACUGGAAAUUGUUGAUCAUCCUCACAUCACUGAGAUCCCAGCAAACUCCUUCCGCGGUAUCACAAGUGAAAUGCUGACAGUAAUGCUGUAUGGAAACGGCUUCAGAGAGAUACAACAUCAUGCUUUUAACGGUACAAAGCUGGAUCAAGUUGACCUCCAUCGGAACACAUUUUUGACAAACAUCGAUGACAGAGCUUUUGUGGGAACCAUCAGCGGCCCAAUGCUUCUGGAUGUGUCUAUGACAGGGAUUAUGUCUUUGCCCACCAAGGGUAUGGAGUCUCUGCGGGAACUGAAGGUGCGCAAUACCUGGACUCUAAAGAAGCUGCCCCCCAUCAAGGUCUUUAAACAUCUCACUGUUGCCAAUCUGACCUACCCAAGCCACUGCUGCGGUUUCAAAAACCUGAAAAAGAAACGAGGCUUCCUGGAGUACAUCAUUUGCAACUUAACUGCUUUCUAUGAUCAGCAUCACAAACGCUCCGUGGGUCCCCUUCGCAUCCCCACUCUUCAUGCAGACGGUGUUAUGGAACCCCCCGUAGCCCAGGAGCCAAGCGAUGGAGAUUAUCAAGAGAUCCAUCAAGAUUGGAGGCAAGGAGACUUCCAUGGCAGCCUCCUCUACCACACAUACUUCGGAGGGCAGUCUGAUGAUGAAGUUGGUUUUGGAGAAACCCUCAAGAACCCCCAGGAGGACAACAGCCAUGAUUUUGACAGUCGUUAUGAUUACGUGGUGUGUGAGGAAGGGGAGGAGGUUGCAUGUGCUCCAGCACCUGAUGAGUUCAAUCCUUGUGAGGAUAUCAUGGGAUUUGGCUUCCUGCGAGUGUCUGUGUGGUUUGUGAGUCUGCUGGCUGUGCUGGGAAACUUGGUAGUUCUCCUGGUACUGCUCACUAGCCACUACAAGCUCUCAGUCUCCCGCUUCCUCAUGUGCCACCUGGCCUUUGCAGAUCUGUGCAUGGGCAUUUACCUGCUACUAAUAGCAUCUGUAGAUCUCCACACAAGGUCUGAAUACUUCAACCAUGCCAUAGAUUGGCAGACCAGUCCUGGUUGUGGACUUGCUGGGUUUUUUACAGUCUUCUCCAGCGAGCUGUCCGUCUACACCCUGACAGUCAUUACUCUCGAGAGAUGGUACGCCAUCACUUUUGCUAUGCGGCUGGAUCGUAAACUACAUCUGUACCAUGCAGCGGUGGUGAUGUUAGGUGGAUGGAUCUUUUGCCUUCUUCUGGCUGUGCUCCCGCUGGUUGGGGUGAGCAGCUACCAGAAGGUCAGCAUCUGUCUCCCAAUGGACACUCAGUCCACAGCUGCUCAGAUCUACAUCUUGUCCGUGUUGGUUCUAAACAUUAUUGCUUUUUUUGUGAUCUGUGCUUGCUAUAUCAAGAUCUACUGCACAGUCCGUAACCCCCACUAUCACUCUGGAUCCAAGGAUACCAACAUUGCCAAACGCAUGGCGGUCCUCAUCUUCACUGACUUUCUUUGCAUGGCACCCAUUUCCUUCUACGCCAUGUCGGCUGUUCUGGAUCGACCCCUGAUCACGGUCUCUAAAUCCAAAAUUUUAUUGGUCCUCUUUUAUCCCUUGAACUCCUGCGCUAACCCGUUUCUCUAUGCCAUCUUCACGAAGGCCUUCAGGGGAGACGUAUUUAUCCUUUUCAGUAAAGUGGGGUUAUGUCAGCAGCGAGCACAACUGUUCAGAGGCCAAACGGUUUCAUCAAAAGGAAGCAGCGGGACUUGUCAGGUCCGUAGGGACAAGGUCAGGAACUCAGGAGCUUUAGAUCGUGAAGAAAUACCCAUCCACCUAAAAAAGUGUUCCAAACAUUUGUACAAAAAAGCAAUAAGCCGAAAGAAGAGCACUGAAGAGAAGGAGAGUGUAGAUGAGCUGGACUCAACCAUGAGGUAGUAAAACGAACCAAGUUUAAGUGGUAUAUUAAAGGCUGAAACUUAACAGUACGCUCCAACACUUGGUAUCUGCUUUAUUCUUCUGACAAAGUUGAGCUGCUUCCACUAUUCUGGCAGCAACAAUUUAAGGUUCCAGCUGAAACAUGAACCAGACUUCAUCUCACUUUACUCCUGUUUGCUUCAGUGGAAGAACUUUAGUUUGUUUUCAGAGAAAACACAUCGAUUUGCAAAACAGUGCACUUAUUUCCAGAGUCUGAAUUAUGAAUUUAGUGUAAAUCUAAAAGUUAAAGGGAAUUUAGCAAGACUUUGUAAGCUUCUGGCUUUAAAGGGAUUUUAUGAAUUUUCUGUGGAACGUAAAGCAUAUCUUUUUUUAAGAAGCUUUAGGACUUUAAUGAAGCUGCUUUCUUUUUGUGUCUCCAUCACAUAACCUACUUUUAUUAGGGUCCUUUAUAAGUCUCUCUUCAAAAUAGGAGCUUUCCUUACAUAAGCUGAUCUGUGGUUCACCUGACCUGAGUUUUGUGAUGUUUCAGAAAAGGUGUGGAAGUAUUCUGCCCCUCCGUAAUUCUAAGCUAACAUUCAGAGAAAACAGUUUGAUCUGAAUUGUCUUGUCCAGGACAGCCUGCUGGCUCAGUGCCGUUCAGUUUUAGAAGCUUUUCCAGGAAGAACCAUUAGUCCUUAUUCAUGUAAAUAUAGAUUUGUGCAUGGAGACCUAUAAAUGAAUAAUAA